AUGGAGACCUUGGAGAUAACUGAACCAUGCUUUCCACAACUCCUCAACACCUCCUGUAGACGGGCAAUUCGUCCUCACUUUGAGGUCAUGCUGACUUACAUUCUGCUGUCCUUCAUUUCUCUGGUCACUGCAGCUCUAAACCUGCUGGUCAUCAUCUCUAUCUCCCACUUCAAGCAACUUCAUACCCCUACCAACUUCCUCCUCCUCUCUCUGGCUAUCUCAGAUUUCUUCGUUGGCCUCCUCAUGAUAUUUCAAAUUAUGCUCAUCGAUGGCUGCUGGUUGCUUGGUGACCUCAUAUGUACUCUGUAUCAGUAUAUAGCAUAUAUUGUUAUAUCUGCUUCCGUAGGAACCAUGGUAAUUAUAUCUAUUGAUCGCUAUGUGGCUAUUUGUCAUCCUCUUCAUUACCCCAGGAAAGUCUCUCUAAAAAGAGUUCAAGUCUGUGUCUGUCUGUGUUGGAUCUGUUCUGUGAUCUUUCAGAGUCUGGUUUUGAAGGAUAUCCUGGAACAGCCAGGCAGGUAUCAUUCCUGUGUUGGAGAGUGUAUAUUUUUUAUUAACUACAUUGCAGGAAUUGCAGAUCUAUUUUUAACAUUUAUUCUUCCCAUCACUGUUAUUGUUGUUUUGUACUUGAGAGUAUUUGUGGUGGCUGUGUCUCAGGCUCGGGCAAUACGCUCUCACGUUGAAGCUGUCACACUGCAGCAAUCAUUGAAAAUUACUGCGAUAAAAUCUGAGCUAAAAGCAGCCAGGACUCUUGGUAUUGUCGUGAUUGUCUUUCUGAUAUGUCUCUGCCCAUAUUAUUGUGUCGCUCUAACAGGUCAAGAUAACCUGCUCAAUGCAUCAUCUGCUGCUUUUGUUAUAUGUUUGACCUAUUUUAACUCUUGUCUUAACCCUGUGAUCUAUGCCUUUUUUUACCCUUGGUUUAGAAAAUCAAUAAGACUCAUUGUCACACUGAAGAUACUGCAGCCAAACUCAUGUAAUGCUCAAGUGCUGUAG